AUGAGCUUUAACCUUGGACCAACUCGACGCGCCGUGGCAGCAGUAGUGUUAUUCUUCAUCUUGGGAACAGUAUGUUGCCAACAGAACAGAACACCAUCGUCUUCCUUGAAAAAUGUAUUGAUUCUUUCUCUCCCGUAUCCAGGUCAUGUCCGAGCGCAGGUAGAAUUGAUGGAUACUCUGGCUGCAAAACAGGGUUCAUUCAUCGGAAAUAUAACUCUUUUAAAUUCCAAGUCUUGCAUGGGAAGUGAUGAAAGGCUCAAAGAAUGGUAUUCCCGACAACAGCAACAUGAUAUGAACACAACCAUUCCAUCACAGGACACUUCUAAAAUUCAUUUAGCCUUUCUGGAUCCAAUCAGUAGUAAUGAUUCAAAUGUUUUAAACUUCAUAGCCUCUACCAUGGAAAGUAUUUCAAAAUUACCAACGAACGAAGGCUUAGUGCUUGCUUUUCAAAAAGUCAUUGCUCCAUAUGAAAAGUUAAUGAUUGAGAGUUUAGAAAUUGUAGAAAUGGAUAAUUCGAAUGCUACCCAUUCCACUUCGAAUGGAAGAAUUUUAAAUAUCAUUCCCUUUGGGGACCGUUUCAAAAGAAUUUCUCUGUUAGGAUCUCAAAAAGCCUCACUUGCCACAAAAACAUUUCUCAGAAUUAAGAAUGAUCCAUCACAGACACUCUUUGAACAUGUGAUUAUUGAUUUUUCACUGUACGCCAUUCAGUCCAUUGCAGCUGCAAGUCAAGUUGCGUGCACAAAGCUUUAUGUUACCAUGCUUCCUCACUCAUUGUUCCACUAUCCUGCUUUUUCUGCUGAUCGGUUGGAGUAUUUUACAAAUUUUUGGAUGCGACUGAAACUUCCUUACGAAAUUUUCAAAGAUGUUCAAAUGUUUUCUGGGAUUAUGGGUUUACUCGGAGAUUACUUUACAACAGAUGAAAUGUUCUUGAGUGAUGUAAAAUGUACAAGAAUUCAACUUUCAAGUUUGGGAUUUGAGUUUGCUUCAGCCAGCUCUCAACAAUUGAACACAUUCUUGGUAGGCCCUUUUUUAAAUGAGCGACAAAUUGAAAGCGAGAGACAACAAUUACGAGCUCUCUCAUUAGACGAAAAUCAAAAAGAAAGAGGUUAUUUUGGUUUAUUAGAAUGGACUGAAAAACAACAAGAUGUGAUGCUAAUCAUUUUAGGAUCUACAAUGUUACUGAACGAGCAAGAGUUACACAAAUUUUUAAUUGCUCUCGACAUUUCACUUGGUAGAAAUCCACAGCUUUCUAUUUUACUUUCAUUGGGAGCUCACAAUCUUGUCGCCUUUGAUGCAUUGAAACAAGGUUCAAGCUCUAAAGACCUCAUCUCUGCACUAGAGACUAAUUCAAGGUUUAGAAAAUUGAAUGGAUUUGUUCCUCAAAAAGGAUUAUUAUCUCUUGAAAAAAUCAAGAUAUUUCUAACUCAUUGCGGAGGAAAUUCUGUUAAUGAGGCUCUUUAUUUUGGGAAAUUAUUGAUUGGCGUACCGUCAUCUUUCGAUCAAUUCAGAAUCUCUGUGGCUAUUAAAGAAUUUCAAGUUGGAAUUCCACUCUUCACUUCAAAAGAAGAAAGCAAGACAUGGAAUGUUGAGCAAUUGUCCAAUGCCAUUCAAGAACUAUUGUACUCGCCACAAUCAAAACAUGUCUAUGCCUCAAAGGCUCGUCAUGUCCGAGCAUUGAUGAGACAUUCUGGAGGAGUUCAAAAAGCAGCAGAUAUCAUUGAAAUGAUGCUAGAAUUGGAAGGAGAUUUAUCAUGGACAACACCUGACAAACAUUUAAAGUGGUGGCAAUAUUAUUGGUUAGAUAUUGUUGGUGUAUAUUUAAGUUUACUAGGUGUGGUUGUUGGAUUGGUGUGGAUGGCAAUGAAGCGUGUUCUGUGUCAAAAGAGGCCAAAAGUCAAAUCAAACUGA